UAAGGGUUUAGACAAUAAAAAAAUACCUCGGAUCCUUGUGAAUUUACAAAACCUAAUGAACGCUUAAUGAAGUUGGAAGAAAGGGCUCCUUGUUCGUGACACCAAUUUAUUAUCUUAUCUUAUCUUUUUGUAGGUUUUGAUGAAAGAUUGAGAAAAGUCAAAUUCCACCACACAGCAUAGUAUGGAUAAUGAUCUUCUUUGCAACUUUAGAAAAUGUAGAACAAGGCUGAAUACACAUGCUUGGGUAACAUCAUGUUCUCAUAUAUUUUGUGACGAAGAUGGAACAAGAGAAUUUAACAAGAGCCUUGUGUGCCCUGCAUGUGAAACUAAUCUGUCUGCCAAAUUUGAUGUCAUUCGUGUUGAUCUGCAGGCCUCUGAACAAUUCAAAUCAAUGGUGUUGGCUGGCCAGAAACCUGAAGUUAUUAUGGAGAUUUGUUCACGGGCUUUGGCAUUUUGGACAUACCAAACCCACCAGGAGAAAAUGUAUCAGGACUAUGUAGCUAGCAAGGCAAAAGAGAAGACGACUCAAUUAGAACAGUACUAUAAUCAGGUUCUUUCAAAACUUCAAGCGGAACUCAACUCAUUAAGAUCGCAAACGUCAAAUGACAAGAAGGAGCUAGACGACACGAAAAAACGCUAUAAUGAAUUAUCAGAGAAACUGAUGGAGAAAAAUCGACAGUAUCUCAAACUUCAGGCAAUGUACGACUCGCUCAGAAGAAAAACCAUAACACCAUCAGUCCUAGAGGGACGCGAAGAACACUUACUUGAGUCCCGUGGUUUGGGAGGACAGAUGAAGCACGUAUUCGAAAUACCUCUCGGAACAGGUGAAGACUUGCUUCGACGCACUGCCAGUUCUACUGAUGUCAGAUACCCUGCCGAAAGGGAAUUUCAUGUAUUUGAUCCUCCAGUUCCGGGGUCAGCCCGAGUCUCCACUCCGAGUCUCAGACCGUUGAAUGAUACGGACGCAGCGUCUCGCAAGUUUACUCUUGAUUUCACGGGAACGCCUGGAAUCAGCAAGAGACUGGGGCAGAAAGGAAAUAACAAAGACUAACUGGGCUGACUUGUGAUGCACGUAGUUUUACUAACCUCUCUAAGGGAGGUUUUGGUUGAGAUUUUUAUCAAAGUUUAUCUACCAGGUUUUUUAAAAACCCUUUAAUUUACCUAUGAAGGAUGUAACAAAUAUAUAUAUUAGGGGUCAACAAUUCUGUUAAGUUGUCUGGAAUGAUAAAGGUAAAUUAAAAAAGAAAGUAUUUGGUCGCUUUAACAUACCAUUUGAGUCUACUUUUGUUAAAUUUUUAGAAAUGAUUUGGUGUCUUUUGUAAUGAUGCAAUAUUUUUAAUAGGAUACCAAAGCCACCAAAGACUUGUCCUAACACAUCACUUCUGGCUUGAAGUGUAUAGUAUUCGAAAGCUAAGUUCCACGGGGCAAGGAAACUUAUGCUUGCUAAACGCUUGAUUUCUAUGUACUUAUUCAUUUCUUAGUCUCAUACUAGAGGUACAUACUAAGUACAACUAGAACGCAGGUACAAGUCAUGUGAUCUUUGAACUGUCAAAUAAGUCAUUUUCGAAUAUUAAAAUUCCUUCAUGGCGCCGAGGCUUAAAGUGAUAAAGCCAAAGAAAAAACACCAUGGUUGAGGGAUGAGUCAAUAAUUUAUCUUGUUUCAGUAUAAAUCCACUAGCGUUCU